AAGGAUUUCAGUUUCGACUCCGAACCUCAUAUUCAAACAAAAUUUACUUAAGCUUUUUAUAACUAAAACUACUUAAGAUAAUGUCGGCUAGAGAACAAAAUACAAAAAGCCCAACCAAUAAAAGCCCAGCCCAAACAAGAUAUGUUGUUUUAUAAAUAAAGCUCUCCCUAGGGUUAUUUAAAACUAAUUUCUGCUCUCAACUCUUCCCGGUAAAUAAACCCUCACUGUAUUACAUCUUCUCCAUGGCCAGUUGUAGCCAGAAAGCUAAUUUAUUGGGUAAGCGAAAGCCGGAAGAUGGUUUUGGAACCGAACUGGUUCUGAAGAAACAUAAAGAAAAAUUUGAGGAGAAGGAGACCGAAGCAAGGGUUGAGUUGUUGUCUGAUGAGGCUAAUUCGGUACAAUUUUCUGUGACAGUGGAGACCGAACCUAUUCUGAAGGGAAUUAGGGAGGAGAAGGAGACAGCGAUAGGAUUUUCUGAUGAGAUCAAAGGAAGGGUCGAGUUGUUGGAGAAUGAGGCUAAUUUAAUCUCAGUGGAAGGACUUGAUGAAGGUCCUGAGGAAGCUGCCGAACUUAAAAAGACGCUCUUUGUUGCUCAUCUCCCUCCCCAAACUAAAAUAAGAGAUAUCAUCCGUUUCUUCAAUGAUGUUGGACAAGUUGUUCGUGUUCUACUUCAAGCUACCCACAAGGGAAAGUGUGUGGGCGAAGGCUUUGUUGAAUUUGCUUCUGCUAACCAAGCAAAGAAGGCACUGGAAAAGAAGAAGAACGAAUAUUUGCACAAACGCAAGAUUUUCCUGGAUGUGGCUCAUAAGGGAGCUCUAUGCCUUCCACCCAAGUAUUGCAUAGAUCACAAGGUUUGGUACCAAGAAGACUAUCUUCAGCAGGAAAGCCUUAGGAUACAAGAAAAUCCCAAGUUUUCGGAGGAAGCUACCGUUCUCUUUAUUGCCAAUCUCUCUCCGCAAACAACUAAAAUAUUACAUAUCAUCAAUUUCUUGGAAGAUGUUGGAGAUGUUGUCAGUGUUCGACUUAUUGUAAACCACGAGGGUAAGCAUGUGGGUUAUGGCUUUGUUGAGUUUGCUUCUGCUAACCAAGCUAAGAAGGCACUGGAAAAUAAGAAUGGUGAAUAUUUGCACGAUCAUAAGAUCUUUUUGAUGAAAAGACGUGAUGAAACUCCCAAUUUUUCUGAGGCAGUUGCCACUGUAAGAAAUAAGACGAUCUGUAUUACCCAUUUCUCUGGACAAACUAAAAUAUCAGAUAUCAUCAAUUUUUUCAAAGAUGUUGGCCAAGUUGUUCAUGUUCGACUUAUUGUAAACCCCAAGAUCAAGCAUGUAAGGCUUGGCUUUGUUGAGUUUGCUUCUGCUAACGAAGCAGAGAAGGCGCUCGAAAAGAACGGCGAAUAUUUGUACGAUAGAGAUAUUUUUCUUGAUUUUGUCGAGGAAGCUACAUACACUAUACUAUCCAGGCAUUGCGUAGAUCACAAGGUUUGGUAUGAAGACUACCUACAACGAGAAAGCCUUCUGAUAGAAGAACAUGCAGUAGCAGAAACUCCCGAUUUUGUUGAGGAUGUUAACUCGAUGAAAACGACGGUCUUUUUUGCCACAGUCUCUAUGAAAAAAGAAAAUUGUAGCAUGUCAAAUAUCAUCAAUAUCUUCAAACGUGUUGGAGAAGUUGUUCGUGUUCGACUUAUAGUAGACCACAGGGGUGAGUCUCUGGGCUGUGGCUUUGUUGAGUUUGCUUCUGCUGAGGAAGCAAAAAAGGCUGUGCAAGAGAAGAGUGGUUGUGCUAUUUAUGUCAAGGUGGCCGAGAAAGCUCCAUACCUUUUCCGACCCAAGUGCAACCUUGCAGACCUUGCGGAGAAGCUUUGGUAUGAAGACAAGCUUCGACGAGAAGGCUUUGGUUUGCCGAGCAAAUCAGAGCUGAGGAAAGAGGAGGCAGUCUUCUGCGGUAAGAAGAUUACCUUCUCUGACAAAGACUGAUCGAAGAAGAAGAAGAAGUUCUUUGGUGUCUAUAACUUGUGAUACAAUCCAACCUUUUAUAUUUUCUUAAAAUAUUUUCUGUGAUGUAAGAUUUCUCAGUGCCUCCAAACACAAGUCAUAUCCUUUUGUUAGCAAAGACUGCAAUUUCAAAGCCUUUGUACAAACAAACAAAUAGGUGAUAACACUAGGCUUCUAAUCUGAAUUUCUUGU